UUUUGUUGAUUGAGGGCUUUUACCUCAUACAGCGCUGGGCAAUAAAGCAAACACUUUUAUACAUUAUCUGUAAAGCUGUCGUCACGUCGUAUUUUACAACUGCAAAAGCAUGAACUCUGUUUCGCUCUGUGGGAAAUGUAGGUAGUAGGCGCGUCUAGUAUUGAGCGGUAAAAGCGGAUACAACAGAACACGGGACUCAUUUAUUUCAGAGCAUUCACUUUCAGAGAUCAGUUGCGUGCGUUUCUCCUGCAAAGCGGAAACAUUAAGGACUAACAUGGUGACCUUCGCAGUACUAACACUUCUGCUGAUCAUAGAUGGUCUUGCUCUAGGACAAACAACUGUGGAUUCUAUAGCGACAGGCUUCGUUGGACAGGAUGUACUUUUUCCUUGCCCCUGUUCUGAUGUGCAUACAAAACUGGUGUGGCAGAAUGAUAACAGAGUAGUGAACCUUUAUUCACAAAACGAAAGCGACAAGGACAACAUUGACCAGUCCUACAGGGACAGGUCUCAGCUAUUCCAGAAUAAGGAGAUGAGGAACUGCUCCCUGCAACUCCUCAACUUGUCUGUCAAUGAUUCAGGGCUGUACAUAUGUUAUGCUGUAGUCAGUGUUGGUAAAGUAAGCUCGAAACUGGAACAGUUGUCUAGAGUUAAUCUAACAGUGUCUGAUUAUAAAAAAACAAUCAGCCAAGAACAUGACCAAACUGCAGAACGUGCCACAGCUUUCUCUGUUGGUGUUCCCAUACUGAUAAUAGUGCUAAUACUAGCUGUUGGGCUGCUUCUAACCCAGCUGAUCAGAAGGAGACAUCUGAAUAACAUGCACACCACCACAUAUUCACCAACGGAUUCAAUGAUUGUAAGAAGAGAACUUGUUUGAAGGUAUCAUGGACUAACUUCUAUGUUGUAAUGCAAGUUUCUUCACUGUGACAUCAACAUGGUGUACAGUAUAUGAGGCUGGAAUGUGAUCCUCUAACAAUGUCUGGGCAUUACAGAGUGGUGCGUGCUGAUCAUACUUCUUGUUUCUUGAGACAUUAUUUAAUUAACUAUGAAUUGUGUGGCCUUUGGUGAGAUUAACGCUCAAAGUAUUUGGGUGCGGUGGGAGGAAUAACACACACUGUGAAAAUGCAGCUUGUUAGCACUGCAGUUUAUAAAUCGACAGGAUUUUCCCUUUAGGAACUGUCUUCAGUAAAGCUUUUUUAAUUCUUUAAAGAACAGGUUUAACAGGCAGGGGAAGUUAACUAGUGCAGUUUAUAUUUGACCUAUUCCUCUCUUGUGUGAACAUACUGUUUGGAGACCGCGGUGGUCUCAACUUCAAACAGGCUUUCUAUAAAAUGUCUAUAUAUAUUAUUGUUCAAAUGUUGUACUGCAAUCAUGUAAUAUGCACACGUCAUUUAGGCUUCUUUAUAUUUACUCUUUUAUGGGUUGUUUUGCUUAGUUGUGCUGAAUUUCAUUUAUAUGGAAGAUAUGUAUGAUAAUCCCUAUGGGAUAUAUUUACUUUUACAUGAUUUGCUAACUGCUUCAAGCCUGCAGAGGCA